UCACAACAAAAAUGAAAAGAAGAGAAGCACUGCCAUGAAAUUCCUCAAUUUCUUUUUCUCUCUCCAAUGUUUCCCACACACUCACAAAACCAAACAUUCAUUCAACACACUGAAAGCCUAAGCUACCUAGGCUCAGCAUCUAGGAAAUAAAUAGCAGUGAAAAUAAUCCCCAUAUGCAAAACCCUAACUAACCUUUUUCUCCUUUUCACCAAACCAAUCAAUCACUACCCUCCAUUCCCCUCUUCACUUAUUCCCUCCCAAGCACGCUCCUUUUUCUAUAUUUCUCAAAAAGUUACUUCCUUUCGCCUUUUUUUCUCUUCUGGGCACGCCUUCUUCACCACUUGCUUUCUUUUCCUAUUAGCUUCAAUCCACCUUCUUCCCUUCUGAUCUCAAACACCCACCUUUUUCUUUCUCAGUUUGUUUUCACCGUUUACGUGCUACGUCCGUUAGAUCAGUGUUUGCUGAUUUAAAUUUGAUCUAAUUGGUGUUUGGUUGGUUGCAGAAGUUCGUUCGUAUUUCUUCACAAUUGUAGUUUUUGUGUGUACGUGUGUGUGGGUGUUUUCUUUUUUCUGUGUUGGAUGUGACUUUGCAUGUCAAGAAGGUCCAUUUUGAUCUUCGAUUUUGCACGGUGAUUUUUGUGGGGGGUGUGACUAGUUCUCUUCUGAUGUUUUAUUUCCAACCGUUGUUUCAAUCAUCACCUUCUAAUUAUCCAUCCUCUAGACCUCUUUUCUCUUUCUCAAUUUCCCAUGUUUUUCUCCGCUCUGACGUGUUCUUCAUAUGCUGCUUCAAUUGCCUGAGAUUUCGUCUCAAAAUUUGAUGUGUGAUCCAGAGGGGAGUUGCUGGUUGUUGUCACUGCGAAUCUUUCUGCCGGUUCUUUGAAUCACAUCUAGUUAUCUUUGGUGAGGAGUAAGAAAGAGAAAGAGCGAAUUUUGAGAAUGGGAGACCGUUGUAGACAUUUUUCCAUUGAGGAAUUACCAUCACAUUUGGUUUUAGAAAUUCUGUGCUCGGGUAGGCUCAGUGCAAUGGACCUUGUUUGCUUAGAAUUGACUUCCAAAACUUUUGGUGGUAGCCAUGGCCUGUACCCUUUUUUCAAGUUUAAGUCCUUGAUUGACUUUGCUGCAUUUCAAUUGUGUGCUUCCCAUGUUACCUAUGCUAGGAUGGGUUUGAUUUCUCAGAGGGAGUUGUAUGAUAGAUGUGGAGGAAAUUGGAAGCGAGUUUUGAGGUUCUUGCAGUCCGUGGAACAAUCCUCUCAGAUGGUCGAGACAUCAUCAGGCAAUAUGCAAAUAACAACGGGAAAGUAUCACACCUUGUUGAUCAGCAAUUCUUCUGUCUAUUCCUGUGGUUCUGGUUUAUGCGGAGUACUUGGUCAAGGUCCUGAAACAACACAGUGUGUAGCAUUUACCCGGAUUGAUUUCCCACCUUUGGCACGUGUGGCUCACGUUUCAGCCUCUUUUAAUCAUGCAGCUUUUGUCUUGCAAUCUGGAGAGGUAUUCACAUGCGGAGAUAAUUCAUCUUCUUGCUGUGGGCACAGAGAUACUAGCCGACCAAUCUUCAGGCCACGACUUGUUGAAUCCCUUAAGGGUAUUCCUUGCAAACAGGUUGCGGCGGGGCUUAACUUCACGGUCUUUCUCACCAAACAAGGUCAUGUUUAUACAUGUGGAACCAACACACAUGGCCAGCUUGGUCAUGGUGACACCCAGGACAGGCCAACCCCCAAAAUGAUUGAAGUACUUGGAUCUGUUGUUCAGAUUGCUGCAGGACCAAGCUAUAUCUUAUCCGUAACAGAAAAUGGAACAUUAUACUCCUUUGGGUCAGGUGCAAAUUUCUGUCUUGGCCAUGGUGAGCAACACAAUGAGUUUCAGCCACGUGCUGUACAGAAAUUCAGACGGAAAGGUAUUCAUAUUGUCCGUGUAUCUGCUGGGGACGAGCAUGCAGUGGCCCUUGACUCAAAUGGAUUUGUAUAUACAUGGGGCAAGGGAUACUGUGGUGCUUUAGGCCAUGGCGAUGAGAUUGAGAAGACAACUCCAGAGAUGUUGACUAGUCUUAAGAAUCAACUGGCUGUUCAGGUCUGUGCAAGGAAGAGGAAAACAUUUGUGCUAGUUGAUUCUGGUUCAGUCUAUGGCUUUGGCUCCAUGGGAUUUGGCAGCCUCGGAUUCCUGGAUAGAAGGGUAUUAGAUAAAGUAUUGAAACCUCGGAUCUUAGAUACCUUGAAAUCUCACCAUGUUUCUCAAAUUAGCACUGGCUUGUACCACACUGUUGUGAUCACUAGCAGGGGAAAGAUAUUUGGCUUUGGAGAUAAUGAAAGAGCACAACUUGGUCACGACACACUAAGAAGCUGCCUUGAGCCAACUCAAAUUUUCAAUAGAGACACAUCUGAAGAUGUAGAAAGCAUGUGAGGUUCCUAAUGAAAUCACCUCUUUUUAUGUGUGGUUCUGAUACAUCAGAUACCUGACUUCUCUAGUGUCAUGUUCAUCACUACUGUUAUACUGUUCUAUGUUGUAUUAUGUUAUAGUUUUUUAAAAUAAUAAUAAUAAAUGACACAACAUUGUAAUCAUUUUUCAUAACCCCAAAAGGGCGUGAAUUUGUUUUGCUAGACAA